AUGGGUGUGGCAAAGAAGACUAAGAAAUUUGCUCAGGUGAAGCGCGCUAUCACCAAGCGCGAUGAGCGUGUCAAGCAGUCCGCCGCCGGCAACAAGAAAGACGACAAACCCAAAGACGAAGUGACCCGGCACAUCCCCAAUGCCCCGUCGAACAUGUUCUUCGCCGCCAACACCGCUCUCGGACCUCCCUACCACGUCCUCGUCGAUACCAACUUUGUGUCCCAUUCUAUCCGAGCGAAGACGGACAUGCUCACAGCGAUGAUGGAUCUAUUAUACGCGAAAUGUAUCCCCACCUUCACAGACUGUACCAUUGCAGAACUCGAAAAGCUCGGAGACAAGUUUCGGUUGGCGCUGCGGGUGGCCAAGGAUCCCCGAUGGGAAAGAAUCAGAUGCAGUCACCCCGGCACGUAUGCUGAUGACUGUAUAGUUGACCGGGUGUCGAAACACCGAAUCUAUAUCGUCGCCACAAACGAUAAAGACUUGGUCCGUCGCAUCCGCAAAAUCCCCGGUGUACCGAUCAUGAAGGUCGCAAGAGCCAAGUUCACCAUCGAAAAGCUACCGGAUCAUUUCGAAUAG